CUGUCAGUCUUCUUAAAGAUUUACUUAUCUUACCUCAGAUGACAAUAACUGAUAUAGAAAGUUCUGACUAUAUAAAUUAUGCAAUCAAAAAAAUCAUAGAUAGUUUAUAUGAAGAAAUAAUUUACAUAACUGAAGGAAAACAAAAUCAACUAGGUAAAGACGUGACUCAAAAUCUUAUGUAA